AUGCGACUCGAUGAGCGUUACGUUCUGUACUUGCAGAUGGCUAGAUUAUACCAUCUUGCGAGACUGAAUGAUAGAUGGUUCCAAUUAGAUGAGCCUCUCGUGAGUGCCUUCGUCGAGCGGUGGCGUCCGGAGACGCACAUAUUCCACAUGCCAUUCGGAGAGUGCACGAUCACACUUCAGGACGUUGCCUACCAGUUGGGGUUGCCAGUGGACAAACGUUAUGUCAGUGGUGUGGUUCUAGGAGUUGCUCGGUGUGAUACCUCCUGCGAACCAAGUUCAGAAGUUCGCUGUGAACUGCACCUGGUUCCAUUAGACUUUGGAGAGUGCCCCGCGGGUGCCGAUAAGGAGACAGUGAGGCGCUUUGCUCGUGCCUAUAUCAUGAUAUUGUUGGGCACCUAG